CUGAUGGAGGAGAGUGAAGAGCAGAAAAAUCAUCACGGCACAACCAGCGAAAACACUCGCUCACAGACCGAAAGAGUUUCUUUACUGAGAAGAAGAAACAAGAAAAGUUUGACCUGCACUCAGUGUGGAAAGAGUUUGUCAAACAAAUUUACUCUCAGUGUUCACAUGAGGAUCCACACUGGAGAGAAACCGUUCACGUGUGUUCAGUGCGAGAAGAGCUUCACAGAUUUAGGAAGUCUGAGGAAUCACGAGAACAUCCACACCAGAGAGAAACUGCAUGAAUGUGAUCAAUGUGGAAAAACAUUUGUGAGAGCUUCACACCUGAAGAAUCACCUGAAAGUUCAUUCAAAAGAGAAACCACAUUCAUGUUCUUUAUGUGGAAAGAGCUUUUCAGAACUGGGCAAUUUAAAACUUCAUCAGAAGAUACACACUGGUGUGAGAGAUCAUAUGUGCUUUGAGUGUGACAAGACUUUUACUACAACUCAACAUUUAAAACUGUACCAGAGGAUCCACACUGGAGAGAAACCUUACAAGUGUUCACACUGUGACAAGAGAUUCAGUCAGUCAGACCUGCAGAGUCACCUGAAAGUUCAUUCAAAGUAG